AAACAACUCAUAAUGCCUCUAGUUUUCUCUAAGACAAGUGUGGAAGAAAGAACAACAUGGACCAUCUCUUAGUAUUUUCCAUGAUAUUUCUUUAUCUUCAGAAAGGUUUGAGCAUUGAAGAAACCUGUGGGGACACAAGACAUGUAGAGAGUAACGUGGGAGGGGAGGUGAUGCUCCCCGUCCAGCAGACUGAAAUCCAGGACAUCACGUGGAUGAGCAGCAGAGACAAAAAUAUUUUUGCGGUAACAGAACCUGGGAAACCUGUUGUUAUUAGAAGCAUGUUCUAUAAUGGUCGCAUUAAUGUUACAGAUAAUGGGACAUUAAUUAUAACCAAACUAACCAGAGAAGACCAAGGAAUCUAUAAAGGCAGCGUCCUGCGGCGGAUAUCAGGCCAGUGCGCUCAGUUCUACAAUCUGACAGUAUAUGAGCAAGUCUUUUCCAGUAGCCCAAGUACAACUUCACCCAUAAGGAUCAGCACAGAAGCUAUGACCACCAAGUCCAGUAAACAGGUCACAGUAUGGAUUACCAUCAUGCUGAGUGUAUCUGCCACACUUGCUCUGCUGCUGAUAUUUAUUGUUACCAUCAUACUGUCCAGAAGUCAAACAGGAACCAGUCAUAUAGAGGAUGGGAUAUUGUAUACUGAACUGGACAAAAAUAAGCUACAGAAAGGUUUUACAGUGAGAAGAGUACAGGAACAGACGACUGUCACCUAUUCUAACGUGAAGGUCACCUUACAGACAACGAACAAUGUUUGAAUGGGAAAAAAAAAAGAUUCUGCUCAAGUUUUCCAUCUGGUUCUAUCAAAAGAAGAAAUUACUUCCUUACCCUGUGUCCUCUCUAAGGCUCUUGGUUGGAGAUAUCCUGAGAUGGGUGGUGGGAGAUGACCAGCUUUGAAAACAAUUGUGAGUAGUGUAAGACUAGUUUCACACUAGCGUUUUACAUCUUUGGCAGGCUGUUCCUGCAGGGAAGCAGCCUGCCGGAGAUUUAUGGAUCUCGCACUGCCGGAAGCUACAAGUCACCUGCCGGCCCCAUUCACUAUAAUGUGGACCAACGACGAUCCACCUGCAACCUGGCAAAUAUGCCGAGAAGCUGCUGAACAAAUACCGCAGCAUUAUUUGUCUGGUCGCUUCUCGGCAUAUUUGCCAGUUUGCAGCAGGUCCACAUUAUAGUAAAUGAGGCAGGACGACAAUGUGGUUGCUUCCGGUAGGCUGUUUCCUGCCAGAAUCGCCUGCCGGAUCUUUUACUAUAUAUGUGAAACAGGCCUAAAAAUAUAUAUUUUUUUUUUAAUUAAAAGUUGAUCAUCUCGUACUACUCCUCUUGUGAUAUCUUGAUUCUAGAGCUAAGCUAUGGAAGGACACAUCCGUAUAUGUUUAGAUAUUGUUGAACAAGCUCUGUUCCUAAAGGUGACCACACACAAUAAAUAAAAGUAGUUUGAUGGUUCAACAAAAACAUUGAAUGAAUGAUC